GCCCUGCCCGUGAGCAAUCUCCCAACUCAUCUCUGUUUGAAUAAUGUACAGUAGUUUUGUAUUCAAGACAAAAUAUAAUUAAACUGUUUAUUCAUAGCAACCUAAACGAUGGCAGAAAACCGAGAUGAUCCACGCGAGGUGCUCGCUCUCUUGAACUCCUUGGGAUUCGUCGGAAUUACAGGACCACAGUUAAAAGCAUUCAUGAAAGAUUUAAAAAUGUACAGAAAAAUCAAGGAGCGAGAGCGACAACAAUGGAAGGAAGAAACAAAGCAUAAAAUUCUAAGUAAACAACAACACAUGUGUAAAGAGUUGUUGCGCGAAUGCACUGCAGAGAUGAAUUUAAAUGUGACCGAAAGUACAGUGUCUUCUACAUCAUCCGCUCAAGAGGAAUCUACCGUUAGGAUUAAGGUGCGUUACCAUUCCGAUGAUAAAGAAAAUAAGCGGAUGGAAGAGGUACUUCAAAGGCAUUGUUUGGAUUCAAAAAUGUCUGAGCAAAAUGUGACCAGAAAGCCAUUCAAUUUUCAAAAAGAGGAAGUUAAUAACAGAUAUGAUAAACGUCUAAAGGAAAGUAGUUCUAAUACAGAUACUCUGCAAUGUAUAAAACGUUCAAGAAGUAAAGUUAGAGUACACGUAGGCAGCCUAUCACGUGUGGAUGCAGCAGAAUCUAGAAUUUCUGAAGAACCCAUGACUAGGAUAGGAAGAGCAGAAACAACGGAGAAAGAUUCUGCUCCAAAAAUGCAGAUGCAUCAAAGACCUGGUAGUGCUCCUGAACUAGCAAGACAAAACCCUCCAACAAGACCUAAAAGCUCGGCAUCAGAUCCAAUUGGAGUUGUAGAUAGGAGAAGCUCCUCAAGAACUCGACAAAAGUCUUUCAUUAGACCAUGGAGAUUACAUGCAGAAGCUCAAAAAAGUGUGCAGAAUAAGAAGAGCGAUCCAGUUGCACUUUAUCAAAAGUACCAACAUGAAUGGAAACAAUUGUCACUUCCUGGUGAAAAUUACCACCCUAGUGUUAGAUGGGCAAUACGAGAAAGAAUGCUUGGAAUGGAUCCAAAUCCAAUGCCUAUUCCAAAGAAGACCUCAAGCACUACAAUAAUGAAAAAAAGGUGAUGACUUCUACGCGUAUUAUAUUUUUAAGUUUAAUAAGAUUCUGCAUAUAGUACUGAUAUUGAUGAUGUGCUUCAUCGUAACAUGUGCUGAGUGAAAAAGCAUUUGAAAGAAACAUCUUAUGGUAUUUUAUUUAAAUGAAUUAAAUGUACAUUAUUAAUU